AAGGCGGUGCAAUGAUGUUGCUCCAAAGACGAGAAACAUCAUUCGAUGCAACCCAGCAAAUGCCAAUGUUUUUCAUUACUAUGGAAGACGAUAACUGUCCUCCUCCUAUGAGCCAUGAAGUUACCAUCAGCACCCAAAUUGAAUUUGAAGACGAGGAUAUUCAAAGAUCUUCUGAGUCAACCAAGGCCAAUCAGUAUCACGAAGAAGAUUCCAAAGAUUCAUCUUCUACUUCAAUGACUACCGAUAAGAACAAAAGUGGUAACAGCAGUACCGGCAACGACUCCAAUAAUAAUGAAGAUUAUGAAGAAGAAUCGGAUGAUGAUCACUGCGAUCUAACUUGUUUAAGUUGGCUGCAAAAUAUCACAAAUAUUAUGGCAGUCCCUGCUUUACCUACUCCACCAGAUUCACCAAAUCAUCAAAAUAUUUCUCCUCGAAAUGGACCAGAACGUACCACAAGAUCUAUGAAACUGCAUCAAAGCAUAACUCGUUGUCAUGAAGAAUUCAAACGAAAUCAAGAAAUGUACUCCAUCAGAACCUCGGUGAAACCCCCAUUUUCAUACGCGACUAUGAUUUGUAUGGCGAUGAGAGAAAAUGGAAACAAAAUGACGCUGAGCGAAAUCUACGCGUGGAUAAAGGAAAAUUUCGCAUACUACAGAAUGGCUGAUCCAAGCUGGCAGAACUCCAUUCGCCAUAACUUGUCAUUGAACAAGGUGUUUGUAAAAGUAGCAAGGUCAAAAGAUGAAAGAGGCAAAGGAGGAUUUUGGAAAAUGGAUCCAGACAGCAUAUAA